AUGGAAGAAGCACCGAAUUGGUGCUUCAGGCGAGAUGAUUAUACUUUCUACACACCUUCUCGAAAGGAUGGAAUAUUAGUUGAAGAGGAGAAUUACAGAAGGUUUAAAGGAUUUAGAUUUAUCCUUAAAAUUUCUUUUGACCUUAAACUUCCCCAAAUGACAAUAGCAACAGCAGCUACUUUUUUUCAUAGAUUUUAUAUGCGACGAGGUUUAAAAGAGUUUCAUCAAUAUGAUAUAGGAGGUACUUGUGUAUUUCUUGCCUGUAAAAUUGAGGAAACCAUAAGGAAAUUGAGAGAAGUAGCAAUUACUUGUGCCAAAGCUGCCACUGGGAAUAAAAAUAUUAAAGAAAAUGAAUAUGAGUCAUGGCGUAAAGUCAUCACAAGAGAUGAACCAAUCGUAGCAGCUACCAUAUGUUUUGAUUUUAAAGUAAAUCAUCCAUAUAAACCAAUGUUGGUGAUGAUUAGAGAUUUGAAAGGCAUUAAAGGCAAACAACUUCAAGAAUUAACUUGUAGUGCAUGGGCAAUUAUUAAUGAUAGUUACAAUGCGCCAGUUUCACUCUUUUAUAAACAUAAUACGAUAGCAAUUGCAUCUAUUUAUAUUGCAGCAAAGAUGAACAAUUUAGCUUUGAAUAUUGAUAGUGACUCAACUGAAUCAUCACCAACAUCACCAUCACCAAGAAUUUUAUUGCGGGGAGAUAUCGUAAAUGUAUAUCAUAUUCGUAAACCACAGAAAACGAAUAGUAAAAAAAGAAAGAAUUCUGAAGAUAUAUCAAAUUCGCAAGAUACAGAAAUAAUUCCAGAAUUUUCCGAAUCAAAUUCUCGGAAUUCUUCUGGCAGUAAUAUUUCAGAUAUUCAAACACCCAAAGGAGCGUAUCCAAAGGGAUCUCGAUCUCAAGAAAUGUCAACUCAAGAAUCUAAUGGAAUGAUUUGGGAACCUGAUGAAUAA